CUAAAGUUCAGACGUCUGUCUGGACGCAACUUGUACGGAUGGGGGAAUAGUAGCCUAUACAUAUUAAGCGUAUUUUGGGGAAUGACUUUACAAGAGUUUUAAACACCAUUCUUGAAACGCUGCACUCUUGCUUGGAGUGUUUUACAGGUUUCAAUCACGACAAGGCCAGGCGCAGAUCAAGAUCAACAAUGCGGCUAUUAUCUUCCCUGUCUCAUCUCAUUUUGUUUCAAUUGCUUUGUGAAUCUCUGUGCAGCAGAUGUCCUCACGAUUGCUCUUGUGUCCCCCAUAACUACAUCUUCUGCGUCCAGCUUAAAUUGGUGAACAUGCCCCGUGGUCUCCCCUCUUCCACAAAGCACCUGUACGUCUUUCAGAAUAACAUCAACACCUUGGAUCAGCAGGACUUUGUAGAGUUUGGGGAGCUUGGAAUGCUGGAUCUGAGUCAGAAUGCCCUCAGUGAAAUCCCUGAUGGGGUGUUCAGCCCACUUUCCACUCUAAACAACCUUGAUCUCUCCUCAAACCGCAUCACUCAUAUCUCCAAAGACAGUUUCACUGGGCUAGUCAACCUGGAAAGGCUGUAUCUCCACAACAACUUCAUCCAAAGCAUUCACCCGGCUGCCUUUAAGGGACUGGAGAACCUCCUGGAGCUGAAGCUUCAAGGUAAUCAGAUCAAAGUUUUGCCAACUCUGCAACUGCCCAGAUUGCUCCACUUGGACCUUAGUUAUAACAGUAUCCCACCACUGGGACCAGAAGAUUUACAGACACCACACCUUGAGUCUCUUAAAUUAGCUGGAUUGGGGCUGAGCAGUCUGGAUAAGGGGCUGCUAAGGAGCCUGGUGAACUUACAUGUUCUGGAUGUUUCUCAGAACAAGCUUGUGUUGAUACAACCUGAACUGAAGAUAAUGGCUGGCCUACGAAAUCUCAAUCUAACCGGAAACCCUUUGGGUUCCCUAAAGCGAGAAGACUUCCAAAAUCUGAAUAACAUGCUUGAACUUGACUUGAGCAGCCUAAAUUUGCAGGGCUUCCCUGAGGACUUCUUCAACAUUUUCCCCAAACUUGAGAAGCUCACAGUGGCUGAAAACCCUUUCAACUGCCUCUGCCCACUGGCCUGGUUCCCUACGUGGCUAAAGGAUGCAAGAGUUGAGUUGUUAAGGAUGGAGGAAACUCGUUGUCACUUUCCUCCAGUAAACUCAGGCAAUGUUCUUGCAAAGUUGGAGCAUAAAGAUUUUGGCUGCCCCACUACAACCAUUGAAUUAACAAGUGCAGAGACCAGCAGUACCACCAAUAAGCCAACAGACCCCACCACUCUGUCAGGCACAACAGACAACAUCCCUCCUCUGCCUCCAAGUGAGUUGCCUUCAGAAGACACAGACAGCUUCCACCCUGAACAGUACAGUGCCAUACCCAGCAGCAUCCCAGAAGAACCUGAAGGAGAGCUUAUGUGCCCUAACAAUAUUUGUCUAAAUGGGGGUACAUGCUGGUUUGACUCCAAUGGGCAGAUAAGUUGCUUGUGUCCACUUUCCACAUCAGGACUCUACUGUGAGAUUCAAAAUGAGGCUCGGCCUCCCCCACAUUUCCGGAGAGUUUCCAUAGAGACCAUUGCUACAGUCUCUCCAAACAUAAUCAGCUCCCAUCACGUAACAAGUACUUCCAUUUCAUUAGACCUUCACCACUACAUUGAGACACGGCCGCACAUUCGUGGAAUCCGGCUGACUUAUCGGAACUUGUCUGGCCCUGACCAGAGGCCACUGCAGCUAAAUGUGCCUGCAUCUUAUCCUGAAUACACACUUAGAGGACUACAGCCUAAUAGCACAUAUUCUGUAUGUGCUAGCCCACUAGGAGAGCGUGACCAUGUGUCGGUUGCCUGCAUGGAGGCUCGCACUGCGGAAAACCCACCGUCCUCCCACGACCCCAGAUUUGACAAGACCGAACCUUCCUCCUCCCUUAUACCCAUUGUGGUAGCGGUGGCAGUGGUAAUGGUUGCAGCUAUUGUAGCCACUGUGGUGGCCAUCCGCCGUAGACGAAGAUCCAAGGCUGCAGUAAAUGUGGAUUUACAUGAGACAUCCCAUCUGGAGUUGGAGGGAGUGAAAACCAGUCCAGAGAAUGGGAGUACACAUCCAAAACAACCUGACAUUGCCUCCUGUCCAUCUUUAGCUCAAAACACCUUGGAAUAUGAGGCACCAUUAAUACAAGGGCAGUGUUCUGCCAACAACAAAUUAGCCUGCGUCAAACCCUCUUUUGUGUAAAAGCCUUAAUGUGCUUCUCAUACCUCCAGCCCUCAGAGGGCAAUAUACUUCAUGACUCCUGCAGGCAGGUGCGAUACAGAAACUAGAUGGGUUGGAGAACAUUUUAAUUCAAGCGUCUUUCAGUAUUUAAACUAGCUGCAUUUGCCAUCAACUUUGUACAGAAAAAAAUAAACUGUGCGUGCCAUUUAUAACCAUCAGUAUCAGGCUUCAAUGACAGCCCUGCUGACAAGACCAUCUUACACCAGCAUGAAUUCAAUGCUUACCCAGCCUGGUUUAUGCUAGGGAAUGCUUGUCUGGUGCUGAUCCAGAAAAACUAUAUGGUCUUUCUGGUAAUACAGGUUGACCAAGGAGGUCAUUCUGGUUAACCUUGUUAAGCUGCUUGGUGAGAACACCAGCAAACCAGCAUCUAAAACGCAACAUAAGCUGAUAACCAGCAAUGCUGUUUAUUCCUGAAGGGAGUUGCUGGGCUGGAAAACAGGUUGCUUUAGAGGUAGCUCAUUAAUUUAGCUGGCUCUGGAAGUGGUACAUAGGAGUCAGUAGUUCUUUCCUGGACGUCUGGACCUGGACUUCUUGGUCCAGAAAAAAUUGCACUGAUCAGAGACACUGGGACUGUGCCUAAGAGGUGCCCAAAGAAGCAGAACAUGAUCAGCCUCUUAAAAGAUGUAUUAACAUGUUUAGUUGUUUUUUUUUUUGCUUGGACAGUAGACUGUGGCAAACGUUUUUCUCAUCUCACUUGCAACAAGUUAAAAUGCUUUGACUUCUCCUGAAUGAAAACAAUCUGACAACACAUGUCCAGUGAACGUCUGGCAAAGGAUCACUUUGCGAGACUAUAAAAACCCAAAUCCAUUUUUUACCUCAAAUUCCACACAUUUACAAACAGACCAGUGCUAUAUAAGGAGAUGGAAAACAAUCGCUUUUAAUAACGCAGAUUUUUUUUAUGUGCCAGUGGUCUAAAAAUGUCAUGUAGCCAUAAUUCAAACAGAGCCCCAAAUACAGAGAAAUGCAGGAAGGCUUCAAAACAAGGUUGUUUUGUAUGUGCUGGCAAAUUCAUGCCGGUUUUAACCCUACAGUGGAUCAAACUAGUCCAGAUACAACCACUUGUAACCAGACUAUAAAAUGAUGGUAUUAGAUGGUAGUACCAUGGUACUUUCAUAUAGAGUAUAUACCAUGGAAAUGAAUGAUUGCCAUAUUUAAAUAACACUGUAUUUACAUAGUACCUCAUGUUAUUUUCAAAGAACACCAAAUGUCUAAAAAAAAUGUAAACAAAAUUGCCAUUGUACAGACAAACCAAGUGAAACAAACUAUGGUAUCGCCAUGCGUGGUACACUGUUAUUAGUGGAAAUGUGCAGUUCAACAGCAAUUUAUUUCUACUUGAUCAAAGCCUUAAAAUGACUUUCAUUGGUGUUAUCUAAUUUAUUUAGGUUGAUUAAUUCAUGUUAAAUUAUUUUUAACCAGUUAAUUUAGAUGUCACCACAUUUUUGGUUAUUUGACAAAUAUUUCUUUUUACAGUGUACCACGUCCAAAAAAACAUGGUAAUGCCUUGGCACUUGUGUUUUGUUGAUAUUGUUAUCUAAAGCUCAUAACUGCAGUUACAUUAUAUCGUGCCCCUGAGAUGUGUUCAGUUUGAUUGGUUUAGAUGCAAAAUUAAACACCAAAACUUUGACAUGAACAUUUAAUUCAAAAAGUAAUAUAAUAAGAAACAUAUUAGGCCUUUUUUUAAUGUAAAAAUUGUAUGAUUGCUUUGCUCUGUGAAAGCUUGAUUGUGUUCAAGCCAAAAGUGUCAUUGUGGAAUUGUAUGUUUAUGUGAAUUAUCAGUGUAGUGAAGUUUUGUUAAGAGGAAUGGAGCCAGAACUCUAAUCCAAAGUGAAAAAAGGUCAAUUGUCAAAUUCUCCCCAUCGUCAGCACCCACUUUUUUUUAGAUCUGUGCUCACAUAUUUAUGACAGUGUAUGCAGUGUGUGUGCUGAACAUACCCGCACAUCCAAACAUAUUAACUGGAUACAGGAACAGCUUUACACAGCAUGAGACGUUUCAAAUAUUUUAAACAUUUUCAAACUGCUUUCAAGUCCCAUGCUUACUUUGGGAUGCUUGUUGUUUCUUUCCUUUUGUUGUGCAGAAAGCCAAGUCUUCUUUUUUUGGAUUUAUAAAUGUGUACUCUUUGGAUGAAUAAUGUGACAUUUGUUGAGAAAAUAAAAUGGAAAA